UCUAGCAUCGCUGAAUGGAAAGCCAAGGCCUGGCGCUGGUGGAUGUAGAGCGCGGCGAUGUCAACGGUACCGAUUUCAAGGAGCCGCUGCUGCCGCGCAAGAAAUCUCACUUCCCAGUCUUCGCCACGGGCAAUGAGAGCGUCUCCUUCACCGGGAUCAUCAAAUCGAAUGUGUCGAGCCUCGAGAGCUUGGAUUACGAGAUCGUGGAGAAUGAUGUGUUCAAGCAGGAUUGGAGAGCUCGCACGAACUACGAAGUGCUCCAGUACGUUAUUAUGAAAUGGACGUUUGCGUGCCUCAUUGGAGUACUCACUGGCCUCGUGGCAUUGCUGAUCAACUUGGCGGUGGAGAACAUCGCUGGAGCUAAGCUCCUUAUCACACUCAAGCUCCUUCAAUCGAAUAGAUAUGUGCUUGCAGGACUGUUGCUUACUGGGAUCAAUCUAGUUCUUGUGUUAUUUUCCUCGGUUCUGUGCGUCUACUUUGGUCCUGCUGCUGCCGGUUCCGGGAUUCCUGAAGUAAAGGCUUAUCUCAAUGGUAUCGACGCUCCAGAGAUCUUGGCACCCAACACCUUGGUGGUGAAAAUCCUGGGUAGCAUAGGGGCCGUGUCUGCUGGAUUAUGUGUUGGAAAAGAAGGGCCUCUAGUGCAUGUCGGUGCUUGUAUAGCUUCUUUGCUGGGACAAGGUGGAUCAAAGCGAUACCACCUCAGAUGGAAAUGGCUGCAAGUUUUUAAAAAGGAUAAAGACCGUCGUGACUUGGUGACUUGUGGUGCUGCAGCUGGAGUUGCAGGAGCAUUCAAGGCUCCUGUUGGUGGAGUACUGUUUGCCCUUGAAGAGGCAUCGUCAUGGUGGCGCAGCUCUCUCUUGUGGAGAACAUUCUUCACCUCGGCUGUGGUUGCCGUAGUACUCAGGAUCGGCAGCAUGCUGUGCAAGGAAGGAAAGUGUGGGCUCUUUGGAGCUGGUGGCCUGAUUCUCUUUGACGUUAGCGAUGUGGUCGUUGGUUUCUCACUUCUGGACUUUCUUCCGGUGGUGGUCUUGGGUGUAAGCGGCGGUAUCAUCGGCAGUAUCUUCAACAAGCUGAGUUCCAGGACUUGUGUGUUCUACUCGCAUUAUCUGCACAAGAAAGGUUCGGUCGCUAAGGUGAUGCUGGCAUGCUUUGUCGCCCUCGUCACCUCGAUUUUCUGCUUGUGCCUCCCUGCGCUGGGGCAUUGCAGACCGUGCCCGCAUGAGGCUCUUAUGGCAAACGAGUGUCCCAGCUACGGGCGAACAGGAAACUUUAAGAAGUUCAACUGCGAAGCUGGCCAUUACAACGACCUGGCGAGCUUGUUAUUCACAACAAACGACGACGCCAUUCGGAACCUGUUCAGCACCAACACUCCGCAAGAGUACCAUUACGCGUCGGUGCUCAUUUUCCUCGUCGAGACGUUCCUGCUUACGCUGAUGACUUACGGGAUCGCGGUGCCGUCGGGUUUAUUCAUUCCAGUCAUCCUCAACGGGGCUUCCUUUGGCCGACUGGUGGGCAUACUCAUGUCCUCGUCACACAACUUGAAGCUGGACGAAGGCCUGUACGCGGUGCUCGGUGCGGCGGCUUUCCUCGGUGGCUCGAUGAGGAUGACCGUGUCACUCUGCGUCAUCCUUUUGGAGCUGACCAACAACUUAUCGAUGCUGCCGCUCGUCAUGCUCGUCCUCCUCAUCUCCAAGACAGUGGGAGAUAUAUUCAACAAGGGACUCUACGACAUCCACGUCCGUCUCAAGGGGUUUCCUCUGCUCGAAUCGCACUCGGAGCCAUUCAUGCACCAGCUGACGGCCGCGGACGCGCUGAAGAACCCGCUGGUGAAGAUGGCCCGGGUGGAGAAGGUCGGGGUCAUCAUGGACAUUCUCAGGAACACGAAGCACAACGCUUUCCCGGUCAUCGAUUUCUCCUCGCCACCUGGGAAGCCUGUCUUCUGCGGACUGGUGCUGCGCUCCCAUCUCCUGGUGCUGCUCAAGCACAAGGCCUUUCAGCCCAGGAGGGAUUCUUCGCUGGACAUCCUCAAGCUCUUCUCCGGCUUCGAUUUCGCAAAGCCCGGCUCUGGGAAAGGCAUGGUCAUCGACAACAUAGAAGUGAGCAGCGAGGAAGAAGACAUGUACAUCGACAUGUAUCCCAUUACGAACGCGUCACCGUAUACUGUACUGGAGACGAUGUCAUUGGCGAAAGCGUACACAUUGUUCCGCCAACUCGGCCUACGGCAUCUUUGCGUCAUGCCCAAGACCCCACAGGACGAGCCGAUCUUAGGAAUUUUAACGCGCCACGAUUUUGUGCCGGAAAACCUGUUGACGCUGUAUCCGUACCUCAAGCACAGGGCUACCAAGGUUCCCAGGCUUUCCAGCUUCCUGGCUUGAUUCAUUAUUUAUUGUGAUUUGUUAUUAUCCUUCAUUUCGGUGCGAUGUUCUUCAUGUGUACAGAGGUUGAAACAUAAUGGUAUCAGCGAGAUUUUUCUUCCA